AUGGACAAGGCUAACGCUGAGUGGGCCAAGGAUAUCCCUUGCAAAAACAUCACAAUAUAUGGCUUUUGCAAGUAUGAAAACGACGGGUGCAUCUUCAAUCAUGGUAGUACAAAAGCGAACGCGACUUCGCCGGGACCAAAGUUCAAUGCGAAGACAGCAUCCUCGUUUACGCCUUCAAAGGUACUUAAUUCAAAGAAUAGCACCUCAGCUGCCAUAAAAGCAGAGAAGGUGGCCAAAGCCCUCACUACUGCUGUUGAACAGCCUACUACAUCUUCGCCGUUGGCAAUGAAGUCUGCACCCUUCACGGCGAGUUACAAUCCAUACGCCGCUAACUUCACCCCGGUCGGCUCGGCAGGAACUUCCACCCCUCCUCCAGCCUCAUCAUCUCACCCUGGUUUCAAUCCUUACUCGGCCCCUGCCGGUAUUAACAAUACAGGGGAUGCACCUAUGCAAUCUUCCGCAAGUUUCAUUCCGGGUUCUCCUGCUCCGUUCGCCCAAGAAGCUCCAGGAAGGCAUACCAACUUUCCUUCGAUAUAUCCGCCAAGUCACUCCAUCUUACAGUAUCACCUGUACGCGCCUGACCCGCCGCUGCAUCUUAAAGUGCCUUUAAAGGCUAACGAACGUACGCCAGAAAUGCUGUUUAUUCCGAACGAUAUAAGGGAAGAGCUACUCAAGAAGAACCAAGCUGCGUUGCAAGUCUUUCCUUCAGGAGGAAAUCUGCCUGAGAUUGUCGGCGAUUAUUUUGGUCUUGUCCCUCUAGAAUUCCACAACAGAGCCUCCAAUAAAGAGAGAUACCAAGGCCACCAAAACUCUCUUUACAAGGUGUUCUCCAACUUUGAUGGCAAGAUUUACAUUAUGCGGCGAAUUCAUGAUGUCAAAAUCAAAGAAAGUGUUCAAAUAUUCAAACCGUUUCAGGAUUGGAAAAAGCUUGUUAACUCCAACGUGGUGGGCGUUAGGGAUGCAUUCGUUACUCGUGCAUUUAGCGAUUCUUCUCUGUGUUUGGUUCACGACUACUAUCCGCAAUCCAGUUCUUUGUACGAAACACAUUUUGUGAGCUUUAACCCGACACCAAUCACACAAGAUCUUUUAUGGUCCUACCUUGUGCAGCUUUGCAGUGCUAUCCAGGCAGCGCAUUCUUUUAAUCUCGCGUUCCAGAAUAUCUGCCUUGAUAAGGUGAUAGUAACGGGCAAUCCUGGUCGCAUCAAGAUUGGUGAUUCCUGCCUCCACGAUAUUUUGUAUUUCCAAGAAGACACAGAUGCUACCAAAGAACAACAAAAAGACUUUGUAGAUUUAGGCACUUUGUUGAGGGACCUAGCCGCGAAGUCGACGGGAUCACAAGACACUGACAUUGAAUCCCUUGUGGUGGACAACGACUUCAAGCAGGUGCUGAAUUACCUGCUGGAGCCUAAGUCGCUCAAAACACUUCCGGAGCUAAUGGCACUGUUUUCCCACAAAAUUUUACCAGUCUUGAGCUCUUUGCAGACCUACGCAGAAUACACGGAGUCUAUUUUGGCCCGCGAGUUGGAGAACGCUCGUCUCUUUCGGCUAAUGUGCAAGCUCAAUUUUAUUUUUGGGAGAAUGGAAUCGCGGAUUGACAUCAACUGGUCAGAAUCUGGCGAAAAGUUUCCUAUCAUUCUCUUUUACGACUACGUUUUCCACCAAUCUGAUGAAUCAGGGAAGCCCGUCAUGGACCUAACCCAUGUUCUCAGAUGUCUAAAUAAGCUUGACGCUGGCAUUGGGGAGAAAUUGAUGUUGGUCACACCGGACGAGAUGAAUUGCUUCAUAACAAGCUACAAGGAACUUAAAGACCUUAUAGACUCCACCUUCAGAGCGCUUUCCCAGUAA